AUGAAACAAAGAGCUGCUGGAUCACUAUAUUUUUACGAUACCAGCAAGGAUAAGUGUGCUGAGCCUGAUAGCAACGAGAGAUACAUUAUUGAAAAGGCAUGCGACGACACAAAGGAGCAACAAAAGUUCACUUUCGCUUCCAACAUAAGAUUAUCAAAAUCACCAAACGAAGGUUUCAUUGAAAUAAAGAAUGCUUCCACUUGGAGAAAAGUUAAAGAGGAAAUCUGGGAUAUCAUUCGUGAAAAUUCGCUGUGUCAGCACUUAGGAUUUAAUGGGACACUGGGGAAUGUUGCUAAAACAAGGAGAAUUAAGAAAGGUAAAAUUUGCGAGAACCCGUUGUUAGAGAACAAAACUAAGUUUCAAGACGCGAUAUUUUCUGGACGUGGUUCCACUGACAAUUCCAAGUACAAAGAAGCGAGGUUUUUUAGCGAUGGUUGGUGUCCAACCGAGUCUGGAGACAAAUAUCUUAAGAUUGACAUUCAAAACGAAUAUCACAUAACACGAGUUAUGGUUAUGGGUGAUAAAGAUCAGACAAAGUGGAGUGGAUCAUAUUCAUUGAAAUACAGUCAUAAUGAGAGUUUGGUGGAUGGUAGUCGUGCAAUAAAUGGUAAUCAAAACGGGUAUCAAGCAUCGGCGACAGACGUCGAUAUCUAUAAUGUCCGAUACAUAAAGUUGGAGUCAAACGGUGGAGCAGACUUUUGCCUUAGAAUGGAAGUGUGUGGUGAAGUCCAAACGCCUGCUCCCGUACAAAGGAUUGUCGCCGAACCAUCGUUCUAUUCUGUCAAUCUAUCGUGGACAAUACCAGUGGCUAAAACAUCUUCUUAUAUUACACACUUUAUCAUUUACUUGAACGGCACAGAAAGAGACACAAUAUCUCGUGCGCAAUAUGGAAAUAAUUUCAUUCUUGGAGGUCUGAGCCAUAACACUUAUUAUAAACUUGGCAUAAAAUCACAGGAUGGAAAUUCCAAGUAUUCAUCGACAGUUUAUCAAAGUUUUCAAACGAAAAGACCUGGUUUUUUUCUCAGACACACUAGUUCUGGAAAGUGUAUUGCAGCUGGAAACACCGCUUGGAACGAUAAAUAUGGCGAUCGACAUUGGGCAAAGCUGUUUGAUUGUUUGAACGUUACUGUGCAAUUGCGAUAUUUGCAGGGUAGCGAAGCGUUGCAUAACAUAGCGAGAAAAGGGGUGGUUACGUUGCUCAAUGGUGGUAAAUACAAACAACGCAUGGUCAUUUAUGACUCCACGACUCCAUCUUGGGAAGGUGAUGCUAUACAUAGCAUGAAACAAAGAGCUUCUGGAUCACUAUAUUUUUACCACAACAGCAGAGAUAAGUGUGCCGAGCCUGAUAGCAACGAGAGAUACAUUAUUGAAAAGUCAUGCGACGACACAAAGGAACAACAGAAGUUCACUUUCGGUUCAGUGAGACAGUUUGGUAACAAAAUGAAAGAUGUUCAUUGUUCUCCAAUACAACGUAUGGUGAUCCACAAGGCUCAUUAUGGUGAUUUCAACGACGCUGGCAUGUUUAACAACGAUGCAAUUAUUGAUAUCAAGUGUAGUCGACAAGCAAGUUGUGAGGUGAAACCUCUUUGUGGUGGAAACAGAUCUUGUGAACUGACCAUUGACAAUAAUAUACUCUCGUCGCAAUAUUGUCCUGAUACUAAAAAGGAACUUUAUAUCGAGUACACUUGUGUAGAUAACUAUGAGAACCCUAUAAAAGCAGCUCCCAACAUAAGAUUAUCAAAGUUACCAAACGAAGGUUUCAUUGAAAUAAAGAAUGCUUCCACUUGGAGAAAAGUGAAAGAGGAAAUCUGGGAUAUCACUCGUGAAAAAUCGCUGUGUCAGCACUUCGGGUUUAAUGAGACACUGGGGAGCGUUAGCAAGAUAUGUGAGAAUGCAUUAUUACAAAACCAAACUAAGUUGCCAGACGCGAUAUUUUCUGGAAGUGGUUCUACUGACAAUACCAAGUACAAAGAAGCGAGGUUUUCUAGCGAUGGUUGGUGUCCAACAGAGUCUGGAGACAAAUAUCUUAAGAUUGACCUUCAAAACGAAUAUCACAUAACACGAGUUAUGGUUAUGGGUGAUAAAAAUCAAACAAAGUGGGGUGGAUCAUAUUCAUUGAAAUACAGUCAUGAUGAAAGUUUAGUUCAUGGCAGUCGUGCAGUACAGAUAAAUGGUAAUCAAAACGGUUAUCAAGCAUCGGCCACAGACCUGAAUAUUAAUAAUGCCAGGUACAUAAAGUUGGAGUCAAACUGUGGAGCAGACUUUUGCCUUAGAAUAGAAGUGUGUGGUGAAGUUUCUAGCGAACCUCCGCAGAAUGUGAUUUUCAAAUCUCGCGGUACGACAUCGCUGGGAAUUUCGUGGACAGCCCCUGUGAGUACAAGAAACGAUGAAUUGACAGGAUAUCAAGUUUGUUUUUCUACAAGAGAUACACUAAGUCUUCCAAAAUGUUUACUCCAUAACAACACAAAAACACUUUCAUUUACAAUCACCGAUCUUCGACCUUCCACAAAGUACUUUGUGACGGUUUCAGCCAUCACAAAAUCUUGUCAUGGGAAGAAGAGUUUGAACGUCAGCAAAAUAACAAAUGGAGAACCAGUUAUUCCAAUCGCGGCUUCCUAUUAUACUUUGACUUUGAGCAUACCACGACCUGAAGGAUAUAUCAAGGAAGUUUUAAUCAUCGUCCAAAGAUCCACAAGUAGAAACGUCUCGAGCGAGGUCAUUACAACAAGUGAUCUCAAAAAUUACCAGCUAGACACACAAGAUCCAUACAUCACUGCUUAUUUGAAAGCUGAUGUUUUACCCUUGAUGUUCGUAAUAGGAGAUGGCAAGAAUUACAGUUCUGAGAAAAAUAACUACCACAACCAACCCUUAACGAGAAAUUCAAGUUAUAAUGUGUUCUUGCGGUUUUUUGAGAGUCAGGAUUCAUACUACUCGACAGAGUGGAGUGGUAGUAUUUACACAAUGGGGAGACCUUCAGAUAGAAGUGGAAAACAGUCAGCUCACGAGUCUACGGAAGACAAAACCCGGCUUGAUCUCCUUAUACCACUGAGUAUUCUAGCAUUGUGCCUUCUUCUCUCGUUUGGCGUAAUCAUAUAUCUAUGUCGUCGUCUAAACAGUUAUUCUAGCUCUAAAGGAGUUGGCCAAGCAAUGGAGCUGGAUUCCAUUCAAACCCCUACCAAUCGCCUGACUGAUGAUGCGAAUGACUGUGUCCCUGUGUACGAGAUUCCAGACGAAAUUGAGCAAAAUGAGGCUGCACACGAGAUAGACGAAGGACAGGAAUCAUCGGAUUACAUGCCGUUGAAUGACAACAGAGAACCAACAAUCGUUUAUCAGUCACUGCAACCCCCCGGGACCAAUAAUGAUCAAACUCAUCCUAAGGGGGGUGGUGAAUCAAUGGAAUACGAAAAUGCUGCCUUCAAAUGA